CUGGAAAGAGAGCAUGCAACUGAAUUGAUGCAGACCGCUCUGGGAAGCCACCCAUCGCAUCACUUGUAAGCCACCAUCGAGUGAUGAGCAAAUACUAUAAAUACCAGGAGCCAUCGCCUAUUCAUUGAACGUGAUUUUAGAGUGAAAACAUUCGUCGACCCAAUUUUAUCGUGGUCAUGAUGUUCACCGCAACUUAUCGCAAUCUUUCAUAUGUGCUCUUGUUAUACCUGAGCUUCACCACCUUCCUAUUCCAGACAGUAUCAUGCCUCGCCGUCCGUUCACCUGAAGAUGACUCCAACGAUAGCCAGAGAGAUAACAUCAAACGAGCUGACUCUGGUGAUAUCUACUUACUCGGUGUUGGAAAGGCUGACGUUACUGGACCUGUCGUCGAGCUCAAUCUCAUGGGAUAUGCCGACCUCGGGCAGAUAGGAACAGGCUUGCGCCAACGACUCUACUCUCGGGCUUUCAUCGUGGGUAGUCCAGAUGAACCCAAAGAACGCUUUGUCUACUUGGUCUUAGACACCCAAUCUGGUGAUACGGCUAUUCGCAGAGGUAUCCUCGAAGGCAUCGCGGCUCUUGGGUCGGAGUACUCAGUCUACACGUCUGAUAAUGUCGCUGUUACCGGAACACAUUCGCACGCAGGACCAGCAGGUUGGAAUAACUACCUCAUGCCUCAGAUCUCUGCUCUGGGAUUCAAUCAGCAGGCAUACCAGGCUAUCGUUGAUGGUGCUGUUCUUUCAGUGAAGCGGGCGCAUGAGAAUCUUGCCAAAGGACGCCUGAGCGUAGGCAAGAUUCGCAUCGAAGACGUCAACAUCAAUCGAAGUCUCUAUGCCUACCAAGCGAAUCCAAAGUCUGAGAGAGAUAAGUACCAGGAUGAGGUCGACAAGGAAUUAACUAUGCUCAAGUUCACUCGCGAACAAGACAACAAAGUCACCGGAGUCUUAACAUGGUUCUCAGUCCACGGUACAAGUCUUUACAUGAACAACACUCUUGUCGCUGGUGACAACAAGGGUGUGAGUGCCUAUCUUCUUGAGCAGGCUGUUCGCGGUACCAACGGAGCUACUGAUGACUUCGUGGCUGGCUUUUCUCAAGCUGCUGUCGCUGACACUACGCCAAAUGUCGAAGGAGCCUGGUGUGAAGAUGGUUCAGGAAAGCAGUGCGACUUCAAGGACGCAACAUGCGGUGGCAAGAUAGAGACUUGCCACGGAAGAGGUCCUUUCUGGGGCUUGAAUGAUGGAGGUACCAAGUCGUGCUGGGAAAUCGGUCGUCGAGUCUUCAAGCAGGCUGAUAAAUUGUACAGCCAGAUGCAAGGCGGAGAUGGUGUCGCGGUUACGGGGAGGAGUGUUCUUGGAUAUCACUCAUUCCAGGACUUUUCCAACUUCACCUUUCAGCUACCCAACGGUUCGUCAGCAAAGACAUGUGCAGCGGCAUUUGGAUACUCAUUCGCCGCUGGAACUACAGAUGGGCCUGGUUACUUCGACUUUAAGCAGGGUGAUUCUGGAACUCCGGAUGCCAGUCCCUUUUGGGCUCUUGUGUCAAAGUUCUUACGCAACCCUACAAAGGAGCAAGUGGCAUGCCAGUCACCCAAGCCAAUUCUCAUCGACGCUGGUGAAAUCACACUGCCUUAUGCUUGGGCUCCCAAUAUUGUUGAUGUUCAGAUGCUACGUGUCGGUAAUUUCUUCAUCAUUGUUUCAGCACCUGAGCUUACGACCAUGUCAUCGCGACGUUGGCGCAAGAGCAUAAGUGAUGAGAUCAAAGACAGGGGUGGUGUUGGGAGUGAUCCUAUUGUUGUGGCUGGUGGGCCAGGCAAUACUUACGCGCACUACUGCACUACACCUGAAGAGUAUGAUAUCCAGCGCUACGAAGGUGGCUCAACUGUCCAUGGACGCCAUAGCCUCGAUGCUUACAUCAACUUGACUUCGACUUAUCUCGGGUAUCUCCUCCAGGAAAAGGGCGCCACGAAGCCGCCUGCUGGUCCAGCUGCGCCUGAUAAUCGAAAGAAUUCCAUCUCUCUCACCACAGGCGUUGUUUACGAUAACCCCAAGGUCGGCACCAAGUUUGGCGACGUUAUCAAAGACGUGAGCAAGUCAAAGUUUGCUAUCGGCGAUACCAUCAACGCUACAUUUGUGGGAGCCAAUCCACGCAACAAUCUCCACCUCGAGUCUACAUAUGCAGCAGUGGAGAAAAAGGUCGAUUCGAAGUGGGUUCAGGUUCGAACUGAUGAGGAUUGGGAUCUUGUCUUUGAAUGGAAGAGGCUUGAUGGUCUGCUUGGGUCUAGUGAGGUGGCUAUCACUUGGGAGACGGGAUGGCAGGAUGCUAAGGAUAUUGGUGCUGGGACAUACAGAUUGAGUUAUUAUGGAGAUAGCAAGGCUCCUAUUACGGGUAAGAUUAAUGCGUUUACGGGUAGGAGUAGUGAGUUCACUAUUGCUUAGGUCUCUUGGCCAGUACAUAAUUAGGUCAGAUCAAGUUGAUGAUGCUUUGCCUUUCACCAAUAAGGUUUAUACGCGAAGGGGAAAAUGUUGAUUGGCCAGGCCAGUAUGUCUAUGAAUUAUAGUUUGAGCACACAGACGGAUGCUUUGCCAGAUGUAGAAAGCUCCUCGCCAUCACAAAUGGUAUAACACAUGUCGUUCUGACGUCGGUGGAAGUGGCGAGAAAACAGUAUGAGGC